CAGUGAGAGACGGCAAUUAGAGCUCAUCACGUCCAAAGUAUCGCUCCUCACAAUUUGCGAAAGUACUGUCCAAAUUAAUAUGGCCUCUCCAUAAAUAUUUUCUUUCGGUCGUUCCCUUUUCUUUUAUUAUAAAAGAAAAGGUGGUGGCCGAUUAAUUCUCCAUUUAAUCCAAGCACGUAGGAGCAACGUAUUGAGAGAGAGAGGGAGAUGGCGCACGUAGCGAGAUUGGUGGGUGCGUUGUUGAUAUGCUGCCUAUGGGCAGUUCAGGCCGAGGAUCCCUACUUCUUCUUCACAUGGAACGUGACCUACGGCACCAUCUCUCCUCUUGGCGUACCGCAACAGGUCAUUAUGAUCAACAAUCAGUUCCCUGGUCCCAACAUCAAUUCCACGUCCAACAACAACAUCGUAGUCAAUGUCUUCAACAACCUGGAUGAGCCAUUACUCUUUACAUGGAAUGGUGUCCAACAUAGGAAGAACUCUUGGCAAGAUGGAAUGCCCGGCACGAACUGCCCCAUCCUGCCGGGGACCAAUUUCACUUACCACUUCCAGGUGAAGGACCAGAUCGGUAGCUACUUCUACUACCCAAGCACCGGCAUGCACAGGGCCUCCGGUGGCUUUGGAGGCCUUCGCGUCAACAGUCGUUUGCUCAUACCUGUCCCUUACCUUGAUCCAGAGGAUGACUACACCAUCUUGAUCAACGAUUGGUAUACCAAGAGCCACACUACCCUCAGGAAGGCGCUAGACAGUGGUCGUUCCAUUGGCAAGCCCAAUGGCGUCCUCAUCAAUGGCAAGAACAAGGCCGACAACGAGGCCCCCCUCUUCACCAUGGAGCCGGACAAGAUCUACAAAUACAGGAUCUGCAACGUUGGGUUAAAGACCUCCCUCAACUUCAGGAUCCAAGGUCACCCCAUGAAGCUGGUUGAGCUAGAGGGCUCCCACACGGUACAGAACGUUUACGAGUCUCUGGACGUGCAUGUUGGGCAGUGCUAUUCAGUGCUUGUGAAGGCCGACCAGGAGCCUAAGGACUACGUGAUGGUGGCUUCCACUCGCUUCACCAAGUACAUGCUCACCGCCACAGGCCUCAUCCGCUACACCAACAGCAAAGGCCCAGCCUCUCCCGAGCUCCCCGAGGCACCAGUUGGCUGGGCAUGGUCCUUGAAUCAGUUCCGCUCCUUCCGUUGGAACCUCACCGCUAGUGCUGCUCGUCCCAACCCACAGGGCUCCUACCACUAUGGUAGAAUCAACAUCACCCGCACCAUCAAGCUUGCCAACACUGUUGCCAUGGUCGACGGCAAGCUCCGUUACGCCAUCAAUGGCAUCUCCCACAUUGACCCAGCCACCCCACCCAAGCUCGCGGAGUACUACACCGUCCCUGACAAAGUCUUCGAGUACAACCUUGUCAAGGAUGAGCCUGCCGCGGUGGACGAGCCAACCAAGGUCACCCUCGCACCUAGCAUCGUCAACGCCACCUUCCGCGACUACAUCGAGAUUAUCCUCGAGAACCACGAGAGGGGCAUCCAGACGUGGCACUUAGAUGGUUACUCCUUUUUUGCCGUAGCCGUCGAGGCCGGCAAGUGGACCCCAGAGAAGAGGAAGAACUACAAUUUGCUUGAUGCCGUUAGCCGCAACACCAUCCAAGUCUAUCCCUACUCCUGGGCUGCUAUCAUGCUCACCUUCGACAACGCAGGCCUCUGGAACCUCAGGUCCACCAUGGCAGAGAGGUUCUACCUUGGACAACAACUCUACAUUAGUGUCCUCUCCCCAGCCCGCUCCCUCCGGGACGAAUACAAUCUCCCUGACAACUCCUUGCUUUGCGGCAUUGUUAAGGACAUGGCCAAGCCUCCUCCUUACUCCUCCGGCGCCUAAUUCUUCUUCUGUUAUCCACCUACCUGAGACACAUUUCUUGUUCUGUAUUGACUCCUUGAACACAACCCUCCUUCCGAGACUCUGAGACUGUACAGGAGAGAGAAUAAGGAAUGGGAUAUAUAAGUCUUCACAUAAAGUAUCCAUUAUAUAUACAAAGAUUUUUUGAUUUUUUAUUUUU